AUGCCUCCGCAACAACCUACUGGUGGAAUCACGACGGCGGACUGGCCGCAACAGGCCCUGAGCGACCUAGUUGCCGCAGACCGUCAUCACAACCCCCUGCUGGACCAUGGGAUGAACACAGGGGUGCGGAUAACAGAGGACGGACGGCUCGACAUCAAGUUCCGCGGCCAAAAAUCAAGCCUCACAACCCUCCUCAAACACCUGGAAAAGCCACAGAAACCAACCGCGGAAGACAUACGACAAGGAUACGUUCCCCCGACCUCUAUUGAGAAACCGGAGCGCUUCCCGCUCCGCCUCAACAUCGUCAUCCAAGUGGUCGGAUCGCGCGGCGACGUACAACCCUUCAUCGCACUCGGCAUGGCCCUCAAAGAACGGGGCCACCGCGUCCGACUCGCAACACACCUGGCGUUCCGCGACUUCGUCCAGGACCACGGUCUCGAAUUCUUCAGUAUUGGCGGCGAUCCCGCCGAGCUCAUGGCGUUCAUGGUGAAGAACCCCGGUCUGCUGCCGGGGAUGAAAACACUGCGCAGCGGGGCGAUCCGGCGCCGGCGGAGGGAAAUGGCGGCGAUAUUCUCCGGCUGUUGGCGAUCGUGUUUCGAGACCGGCGAUGGGACGGGACUGCACCAUGUGCCCGAGGAUCUGUGGAGCGAGACGGUGGACUACCGGGAGCAGCCGUUCGUGGCGGACGCGAUCAUCGCCAACCCGCCGAGUUUUGCACACAUCAGCUGCGCGGAGAAAUUGGGCGUACCGCUGACGCUCAUGUUCACGAUGCCUUGGACGCCUACACAGGCCUUUCCGCAUCCGCUGGCCAACGUGCGUCCGACGCGUACGAAGCGCUCUGUCGCGAAUUUCGCCUCGUAUGCGAUUGUCGAGAUGAUGCUUUAUGAGGGAUUGGGAGAUCUGCUGAAUAAAUUCCGCAAGCGAGAGUUGGGGCUGGAUCCAUUGGAUGCCUUUCGUGGCCCGGGGAUUGUUCAGAAACUUCGCAUUCCGUUCACUUAUCUCUGGUCACCAGCUCUACUCCCCAAACCAGUCGACUGGCUAACCAAUAUCGACGUCUGUGGCUUCAGCAUGCUGCCCGCUGCAAGCAGCUAUACGCCGCCGGACGACCUGGUCAAGUUCCUGCAAAACGGGCCCCCACCCAUCUAUGUCGGGUUUGGGUCCAUCGUCGUCGAUAACCCAACGAAACUCACCAGGAUUGUCUUUGAGGCGAUUGUCAAAACCGGCCAGCGCGCCCUCGUCAACAAAGGCUGGGGCAACAUCGGCGCGGGGGAAGCCGAAAUCCCCCAGAACGUGUUUAUGGUCGGCAGCUGUCCGCACGACUGGCUGUUCCAGUACGUCUCAUGCGUGGUCCAUCACGGCGGAGCAGGAACGACAGCAGCUGGGCUCGCGCUAGGCCGACCGACUAUCAUCAUUCCCUUCUUCGGCGACCAGCCCUUCUGGGGCUCGAUAGUGUACCGAGCCGGUGCAGGCCCCGCACCCAUCCCAUAUAAACAGCUGAACGCGGAAAAGCUCGCCGACGCGAUCGACAAGGCUCUCGGGCCGGAGAUGCAAGAGAAGGCAGGCGAGAUCGGCGCGAAGAUGCGACAGGAGAAUGGAGUCAAAUGCGCCGUGGCUAGUUUCCACAGCCACCUGGACCUGGAGGCGCUGCGAUGCUGGAUCUGUCCGCAGCGUCCGGCUGUCUGGUGGGUGCGCCACUCGCACAUCAAACUGAGCUCGUUUGCGGCCGCUAUACUCGUCGAGGCGGGCUUUCUCAAGCCGCAGAAUGUUGUCUUGUACCGCUCGAAAGAAUACGAUACGAACCGCGACCCCCGGGGUCCGCUCUCUGCGGGUGCAGAGGUCCUCUACGGCAUCAUGUCGGAUUUUGUGACGGCGCUCGCAACGGCACCAGUGGACAUCGCCGAGGCGAUCUCGCGCCAUCACCACCACCAUAAGAAACAUGGGUGGCGUCACAGUCACGACGAGGAGGUUACCUGCGGCUGUGAGGCACGGAUAGGGAGGAGUGUAAAAUCAAAGGACGGGAUCCCCCCGGAAGACCAGGUGCGGUCACAGCUGGGCGCGGUGGCGAGUAUCCGCCGAUCGUCGUCCGAUUCCCCGACAUCGAGUCCAUCCGGUUCUGCAGACGAGGAAGAGGACGACGAUGAGGGCGAGCAAGUUGGUAGUGAAAGUACGAGCUUUGUCUCUGCUCCCGAUCGGAUAUCCAGGAAUAGCGGGCCGGCGCCGAGAAGUCGGAUAUCAGAUCAGUCCACAAUGCAAUCGGAUUCCACAGAAACGCAUGUCGAGAGCGACGAGGACAGUGGUGAACUCGACCUGGAGAAGACCAUCAGCCGCCGGGCGACAAGGGAGGCGCGGGGAGGCGUACAUGUAGUGCUAACCGAGACCGGCUAUCAUGGCAAACGGUUCGGCAAGCGACUGCUGAACUGGUUGAUUACGAUUCCUACCGAUGUAACGCUGAGUCUGUCCAAGGGUUUCCACAAUGCACCAAAGCUGUACCACGACAGGACGGUGGCCGAAACCCCGACAGUGAUGGGCGUACGGAGUGGCUUCCGAGCCGCUGGAAAGGAAUUCACCCAGGAGUUCUACCAAGGCAUAACGGGCCUCGUCACGCAGCCCGCACUAGGUCUGGAGAGGUCCGGUCUAAUCGGCCUGGUGAAAGGCAUCGGCAAAGGUCUCGGGGGAGUCGUCCUCAAGCCGACAGCAGGAUUCUGGGGCUUAGCAGGGUAUCCCCUCGACGGGCUGCACAAGAGCCUGCGCAACUCUCUGUCAAAAAGCAAAAUAAAGGACAUUCUGACCUCACGAAUACAGCAGGGGAUUGAUGAGAUGUGCGAGUCUUCGGCUGAUGAACGCGCUCUGGUGGUGCGGCGGUGGAAAGAGUUGCAGGAGAUGCACGGGUUGGGAACGAAUGGAAAUGAGAAUGGGAAUGAUCAUGCUGAGUGA